AUGACACACCGACUUAAUACUUUAGAGUUUGCUUAUGGAGAGUCGGGCUUUUUGAAAAGGAUUGAAGAGAUUGCGCGAGCUUGGAAGAAAACCAGUCGAGUCGACCAAGGGAGGUACACUGACGAAGUAACUACCGAAUAUCAGAUAUGGCACGUCCAACAAGUUAAGGAUGUGGUAUAUCCGAAGGAAGAUGCAUUGCGUGGCCUAGUUGAUCCGAAACAGCGAGAUGCUUUGCUUGAAAGUGAGUUGGCUCGAAAGAAGUCCGAAGCUGAAAAUGCUAAUUGGAAGCAACGUGAACUUCAGAGGGAAAUACAAGUAAGAGAAAAUCGAGGCGAUGAACUUCAAGCGUACAAUGACGGACUAAGAAAUCAAGUGCGAUUUCAACAAAAGUCUAUCCAAUUACUAAGACAAGAGUAUGAAGAGCUCGAAGGGGUCAUGAUGGCUUAUCAACAAGAAUAUGGACGCCUCAAGCAAGAGAGCACUCGAAUUCGAGAGUGGGGUGAAUCUUACAAACAAGCUUAUAUAGAAAAACACGACCAGAUGGAUUACUUAGUUUGGCAAAUGAGGGAGGUGGCUUACAAGGCGAGAAGCAUGGCUUGGAAGACGGACAUAUUAAGGAGCCAAGUCUUUCCAAUUGGGAAACAAGAGCAACAGUUGAUUAAGUAUUUAGGUGAGGUUCCAAAAAUAGCUCGAUCACCUAAGCCAAGUGACCAACGUGUUCAUAAUACGCGUCAACGAUCAAGGAUCAUGGAAGAAAAACAAAGAGAGCAAAUGGAUAGAAUGGAAAGAGCUCAAGAAGAAAUGAGAAAACAGUUAGCAAAGAUGAUGGAAUUGAUGACAAGCUUAAGUAAAGGAAAAAAUGUUGCAGAAGAGUCAGCUCCGUUAAAAAACCCACCAGCACAAGACAUUGGAAACCAAAGGGAUGAUCCACCUUAUCCCCUAGGGUUCACUCCACCACAUGCUCAAACCUCUUAA